GCCAACGAGGUGAGGUCUUCUGCGGAGUUGCAGGGGAGGAGGUCGAGGCGGAGGAGGUUGAAGCAGAAGAAGAAAGAGAGGAGAGACAGAGAUAGGGAUAGAGAUCAUCAUCAUCACCACCAACAACAGCAACAGAGCGUUGCUGCUGAUGGUGUCUGGUGUGGGCCCCGAGUUUCCGACGACUCGGCUGACUGCGUGAUUCGGCACCACCACGGCAUGAUGAUGAUGAUGUCUGGGGGUCCUGGCAGGAGGCAGGACUCUGAGAGGAUUCAUCGUGAGGUCAUGGUAUUCCAAACUAGAAUGGUGUCAGGAAGAAUGAAUGUAUAUGACCGAUACAGAGAUUGGCGACUCGAUGUUGAUAGGAUGUCUUAUGAGGAAUUGCUGGAGCUUGGCGACCGAAUAGGUUACGUCAAUACUGGCUUGAGAGAAGAAGAAAUCUCACGUAGUCUAAGGAAAAUGAAACACUCAAUUCUCGAUGCUUCACCGCUAUACUUUUCUAGUGAAAUGGAAAAGAAAUGCAGCAUUUGCCAAGAAGAAUAUGAAGACAAUGAUGAAAUGGGGAAGCUGGAGUGCGGCCAUAGAUAUCACGUGUACUGCAUUAAGCAGUGGCUGCUUCAGAAGAAUUCUUGUCCUAUUUGCAAGACUGCAGUAACCAAAACCUGAUGCAAGGGCAUCUUGGUGGAGUUACUCGGGUGACCGCUUCCUCCAAUUUCUCCAUCAUUACUCUGUAUAUAAUAUAAUAUGAUACUUGUCUAAACAUUAAGCAAAGCAUGUAAUUCUUUGGGUUUGUGAUAUUCGGGAACAUUGGAGUGGCCCACAAUUGUAUAGGUCCAUUAUUUUCCAUCAAAGUUGGUGUUCCUCUAUAUGGGAUAAAGCCGAUAGAAAUGUACAUUUUUCUGUUGUCGAGAGAACUUUCAGAGCCAUUGUAAUGAUCAGUCUAUUUCUUGCAAUUAUGGUUGAAUGCUUAGAUUCUGCUAAAA